AUGGAUAACGUCAACUGGAACGGCUGGGACACCUCCGGGGAUGACCAAUCAGCCGGCGAAAACACCCAAACAGAUUCCAACGCCCAGAACAACCCAGCUGAAUCCGUCUCAAACUGGGCACAAGAAACCGCCACUGAGGCCACAGCAGCCACGGCGUUAAGCAACCCAUCAACCGCUGAAACAGCAACAUACACAUCAACAUCCUCGACCACAAGCUUCAUCCCAGAGUCCACUCCAACCAGCACCUCCACAUCCUCCGCCGAGAGCCAGAAUGGCAACACCACCACCAGCAACAACGGAGGCGGCGGCGGCAUGAGCACGACCACCAAGGUCGCCAUCGCAGUCCCCGUGGCCGUCGUCGGCGCCGCCAUCCUAGCCGCAAUCCUCUUCUUCCUUCUCCGUCGUCGCCGCCUCAAGCGCCAACGGUCCGCCCCGCCCGUCAUCUCAACCCGCGAGCUCGACACCUCAUCGUCCGCCUUCCUCCCCGCCCAGCCCCAACCACAGAUCGCCCCUGUUCCAACCCCAGGACCAAUCUCCCGCCGUCCGGUUCCCAACGCUACAGACAAUCUCCCGCCACCUCCACCGUACCCACGUCCCCCCGGGACGGGUACAGAAGCAGACAACACAUCGACGGCAGCCCCGCUAGCCGGUGCUGCAGCAGGAGGUGGAGCCGCCGCCGCCGUAGGAAUCGCAGUAACAGACCGAGACCUCGACUGGCGGACGUCCGAAGAGCGCGCCAGGGACUCCGCUGCGCGGCCCCGUUCGCCAUUCGACCAUCCCCAUGAUACCGACAACGACGACGCGAUGUCCGAUGUCUCAGAGAUCAACGACCGCGAGGCGAUGAUGAGGGCGAGGGGCGUCAGGGAGGACGACGAAAUGUCGUCCGUGUCGAGCUUUGGUGGCGACGAGCAUGAGCAUGAGCCCAGACAGGCUGCGAAUCGGGGCAGUUAG